CUGGGAGGGGACUGGAGGAGGGCUAAGAGGACUCGGCGACCGGCUGCUGGGCGGGGGGAACGGAGAGGGGGGCAGGUCUGCGCCAAUCAGCGGCGCCGGCCUGGGAGGUUGCUAGCGGUAUCCACGUAAAUCAAAGGGCGCGGAGCCAAUGGGAGGGGGCGGAGGGGGCGGGGCCCAGGCGCGUGCCGCUGCGAGCCGGCGCUGCCAAGAGAGCGGGAGAGAGCUGGAGAGAGCAGGGAGAGGGGGGAGCUCCGAGCGAGUCAGAGAGUGAGCGAGAGCAAGAAGGAGGGAGAGGAGAAAGAGAGCGAGGGCGGCGGGCGGGAGGCGGCGGCGGCGGCGGCAGCAGAAGCAGUGAUAGCUGGAGCAGCGACAGAAGGCGUCGGAGCGGGCGUCGGAGCUGCCCGCCGGGGGAGAGAGAGAGAGGAGAGAGCGAGCGAGCGAGCGAGCGAAGAGAGGAGCCCGAGGCGAAAAAGUAACUGUCAAAUGCGCGGCUCCUUUAACCGGAGCGCUCAGUCCGGCUCCGAGAGUCAUGGCGACCGCAGCGUCUAACCACUACAGCCUGCUCACCUCCAGCGCCUCCAUCGUGCACGCCGAGCCGCCGGGCGGCAUGCAGCAGGGCGCGGGGGGCUACCGCGAGGCGCAGAGCCUGGUGCAAGGCGACUACGGCUCGCUGCAGAGCAACGGGCACCCGCUCAGCCACGCUCACCAGUGGAUCACCGCGCUGUCCCACGGCGGCGGCGGCGGGGGCGGCGGCGGCGGCGGGGGCGGGGGCGGCGGCGGGGGCGGCGGCGACGGCUCCCCGUGGUCCACCAGCCCCUUGGGCCAGCCGGACAUCAAGCCCUCCGUGGUGGUGCAGCAGGGCGGCCGCGGCGACGAGCUGCACGGGCCGGGCGCCCUCCAACAGCAGCACCAGCAGCAGCAGCAGCAGCAGCAGCAGCAGCAGCAGCAGCAGCAACAGCAGCAGCAGCAGCAGCGACCGCCGCAUCUGGUGCACCACGCAGCCAACCACCACCCGGGGCCCGGGGCAUGGCGGAGCGCAGCCGCUGCCGCGCACCUCCCGCCCUCCAUGGGAGCGUCCAACGGCGGCUUGCUCUACUCGCAGCCCAGCUUCACCGUGAACGGCAUGCUGGGCGCCGGCGGGCAGCCCGCGGGGCUGCACCACCACGGCCUGCGGGACGCGCACGAGGAGCCGCACCACGCCGACCACCACCCGCACCCGCACCCGCACCCGCACCAGCAGCCGCCGCCGCCGCCGCCCCCGCAGGGGCCGCCCGGCCACCCCGGCGCGCACCACGACCCGCACUCGGACGAGGACACGCCGACCUCGGAUGACCUGGAGCAGUUUGCCAAGCAGUUCAAGCAGCGACGCAUCAAACUGGGAUUUACCCAAGCGGACGUGGGACUGGCUCUGGGCACCCUGUAUGGCAACGUGUUCUCGCAGACCACCAUCUGCAGGUUUGAGGCCCUGCAGCUGAGCUUCAAGAACAUGUGCAAGCUGAAGCCUUUGUUGAACAAGUGGUUGGAGGAGGCGGACUCGUCCUCGGGCAGCCCCACGAGCAUAGACAAGAUCGCAGCGCAGGGGCGCAAGCGGAAAAAGCGGACCUCCAUCGAGGUGAGCGUCAAGGGGGCUCUGGAGAGCCAUUUCCUCAAAUGCCCCAAGCCCUCGGCCCAGGAGAUCACCUCCCUCGCGGACAGCUUACAGCUGGAGAAGGAGGUGGUGAGAGUUUGGUUUUGUAACAGGAGACAGAAAGAGAAAAGGAUGACCCCUCCCGGAGGGACUCUGCCGGGCGCCGAGGAUGUGUACGGGGGGAGUAGGGACACGCCACCACACCACGGGGUGCAGACGCCCGUCCAGUGAACUCGAGCGGGGGGAGGGGCAGAGCGCGGGGCUCCCCCUCCCCUUCGGUCCAUGGCCCUUUCCCGGUCCCCUUGUUUCCUCUCUAACUUCUGAUUGUUCUUUUAUUUUUAAUUAUUAUUGCCCCGUCCCUUAAAAGAGAAAAUAAUAAUAAUAAUAAUAAUAAGGAAAGCAACUAAGGCACUGGACUAUCGUUUUCGGUAGCAUGUGUAAUGAUGUGUUUUGACCUUUACAGGCUAGCCCAGGCAAUGGAGUGGAGUGUCUCAGAGAGGAAGGAGCGUGUGAUAGAGAGAGAGGAAGAGAUAGUAGCAAGCACUGAGAUAAAUACCUGGCAAAACUAGAUCAAUGACCAAAAAGAAAAAAUAAAAUUCCACCAAAUCAUGAUAAACACACAAAAAAACACAGCUUCUUGAGGCUGGGAGUUGGCACAUGCUCUUGUGUUUAUCUAAUGUGGAUCCCCAUCAGGAGAAAGAAUACACGCAUUCGUUCUUUGAUGUAGGCAAAAAUUUAACCACAAUAAAUUGCACUGCAAGAAAAUUGAAGUUUACAUGGACAAAUUCGUGAACAUAUUUUUCUUUCUCCCACCAUGAAUUUAGAAAUUGCUAGGGUUUGUUUUGUUUUGUUCAGCAGAGAGAGUUGACGCCAGCUCUUGGCCACUCUCCAUUUCUAACCUUCUUGUGUCACCCCUUGUUCUUCUUGCUGUUUGUGAACUUUGGUUUCCUUCUGUUCCCCCACCCCUCCACCCCACCCCUCACACUGGUGUAAUGUUUAUUUACUCCUUUUACCAAAGCGAAAAAGAUUGGCUUCAUACAAAAUAAAUCAUUCUCCACUUUCAGGAAAUCUGCAUGGUCUCACCGUUUUGUCCAAGGCAAGAAUCCAGUUUGGAAUACAAAAAUAAAAGUCCAGCAUUGGUUUUUGUGACCAGCCACAAAGUAAACUUCAUUUUCAGGCAGUGUUUCUGGGGGAGGUUAUGGAGGGGAGGGAAAAAAAAGAAAGAAAAGUCCAUGGCGAAUGACUGAUGAUUCAUUUUAUCAGGCAGGUCCAUUGUGAAGGAACUCAGGAAAUGUGGAGAUGAAAUAUAUUUCCAGAGUUGCCCAACAGAAAGUGGCACAUUGAAGAGAACUAGAGAAAUAGGUUUCUUCAGAUGCCCCUGUAUAGUUCUCUGCCUUCUGUUUUAAUAACUUAACUAUGAGAAAUUAUUUGUGCUGACAGCAGCAUUUAUACUGUGUUCCUCUAAUAGUAUUUUUUAAAAAAUUAUGCGGGAACUUAAUGUUGUAUGCAUAGACUGUUUUCUUAGCACACAAAUACCCACAUGCAUACAGGGAUUAUCUCCACUGUAGACUGGUUUUGUCUUCACUAGCUCAUGUGUUUAUCAAUUCAUAUUUAAGGUCCCACACCCUCUCUCAUGUAAUUUAUUACAAAAACAAAUUACCCAGUUUGACUUGGACAGCUUUCCCUCACCCCCUCUUUCACCAAGGAAGCCAAAUGAAGUGGGGAAGAUGCUAUUUUCAAUUCCUCUUUUUCUCCCUUUGUUAAUAGUUUUAAGUAUGAUUUCUACCUUAUCUUCUUGUGUUAACUCCCAUGACAAAAGACUUUACUGGGGAGUGUAGGUGAAAAAAAACUUGUAACUGCACUGAAAAUAAAUACCAUUAAACUGUGAUCAGUACAAAUAUUCAAAAAAAUUGCAAUCAGCACAAAGGGGCGCUAGAAGGGAAAACACUUUUUAUUCAUCUGAAAACUUUGGGGCUUUUUUUUUUCCUGGUUAGGUGUUAGAAAAAUUUUAUGUUAAAAAUUCAAUUCUCACUACCAUAAAAUUAUGGUUCCGCAUCAGUUUAGCAUUGCACUUAGUAGUUAAGGUUUUAGGGUUAUAUUGUCUUUUCAAACACCUGUGAUCGGUUCAUUUUUUAAUGUUUUUGCAAGAUAAAUGAUAACUUACAAUGGGCAUAUUUCUUUGCCUGUAUUUCAUUUC